GUGGCCAGAAUGCAGAGGUAUAUAGAAAUAGAAAAGGAUUCAUGUCCAUCAAUGUGCAACUCGUCGCUGGCCCGCAGCUGCAGAUCUUUGAUGCAGUGAUUCGCUGGCCUGGGUCAACACAUGACUCGAGGAUAUUCAGCAACAGCAGCCUUAGGUGGCGUUUUGAAAAUCCCCGGGGCGACCUGAAGAACUCCUUUCUUCUAGGGGACAGUGGUUAUGCCCAAACAAAAUACAUGUACACUCCUGUUUUGGACCCUCAAACUGCUGCUGAACAAAGAUACAACAGGGCUCAAAUUUCUACUAGAAAUACAGUAGAAAGAACCAUUGGGGUACUUAAGAGGCGCUUUCCAUGUAUGUUAUACGAGUUGAGGAACAAGCUUGAGACAACAACAAGAAUCAUAGCUGCCUGCAUUGUGCUCCACAACAUUGGGAGGCAGUGGGACCCAAGGGAUUUUGGGAACGAAGAUGUACAACUGAUUCCCAACAACUGGCAAAAUUUUGUUGUUGAUGUCGAAGAAAGAGUUCGGGAUAAUGAGAGAGGCCGUUUAAUUAAAGAGCUGUUCAUCCACCGCCAUUUCUCAAACAGGCGCAAUGAGGAGUAAUAGACAUUGACUCCAGAACAGUCCUUUUUGUCAACAUUUUGUA